UUGUUAUUAUAGGUUGCACAUGACUUGUUUAGCCAGGCCCUGUGUAAAACACACAACAGUUACUAGUUUUUCUGAUUAAAAAUUAUACUUAUUAGUUUGCUUCAUGUAACUCAGUAGUCAGAUAAACCAGUAUCUCGUCAUGAUGGAGAAGAUAGUUAAGGAUGUUGGCGACAUUCAAUCAAGGCUUAUUGAUCACAGGCCAGUUCUGCAGGGAGAAAUCAGAUACUUCCUUAGGGAAUUUGAGGAGAAGCGCGCUUUCAGAGAAUGCCGUCUGCUUGAGAAGCUGAAUAAGAUGAUAUCAGACACAAACGAUCAUGAUCUGCCUCAGUGCACUGACAGUAUGCACGACAAACUGUGUGAUGCUCUCACACGACUUGAAGCAGCAAAUCAUAUGACUCAGAGGAUCCAGCAGAGGGAGCUAGCUGCUGAACAGAGUACACAUCUGCAGGUGUUUGCAGAGAGACGGAGGCAGGACUGGGAGGAGUUUCUGAAAGAGCAGUCCCGUCUCAAGGAGGAGGUUGAUGAGGAGCAUGCUAAAGCUGUGGGAAGACUCAGUGCACAGUAUGAUGAGAUGAAGAAAGACCUGGCGAAAUACAGCAGCUUCUGAACGUGUGUGCAUGCGUGCAUGUGUGUGUGACCUUAAAUGUAAAGAAUCUUUUUAUGGUACUGAAAUAUCAACGGAAUACAUAUACAAUCAUUUUAUGUUGGCUGUUUUGUGUUUCCCUAAAAAAAAUAAGUUUGUCAUUAUUUACUCCCCCAUAAAUGUAAUUUCAAACUCAAAAAAACGUUUAUGAAGUAAAGGGGUCAUUUGACGCGGCCAGAACGAAUAUUAUUAUUUGCUUUAGAUGUAAUACAAUGUUUUACAAGAUUUAAGGUUAAAACCCGCUGUAUUUUCCACAUACGAUGUGUUUGCGUCUCAUCUUUGCCACUGUGCACUAUAUUUCAAGUGUGCUGAAUGCAUUUGAUAGCUUUGUGUGAGGAAAAGAUUAAAGUUUUGUUAUUAACUGACA